GUGUGUGCUGUGUGUGUGUGGACUGUGUGUGUGUGCGCUGUGUGCGUGUGCUGUGUGCGUGUCUUUCUGUCCCUCCCCUCCUCUCUCCCUGUCUCUCUCCCUGUGUCUAUCUCUCUGUCUCUCUUGCUCUGCUCCCUCUGCUUGUCUCUACCCCAUCUCCCGUCCCCCCCAUAUUCAUCUGCCUCUCCCUCGCCCUCUGUCUCUCCCUGUCAUUCUCUCCAUCACCUCCGCAUCCCUCUCCCCGUAUCUCCCUCGCGCUCCGCUUUUUCUCCCAGGGGUUCGCAAUGCCCGGGGGUCUGUUGGCUCUGGUUGGGGGGGUCCUGUCCCUGGGUGGGGGGGUCCUCUCUGCCGGAAUGGCGUGGCUCCUGGGCCUGGUGGUUGUUCCUUCGACGCUGGGAUUUUCUCUGGGCCUCAGGAAGGUGUACAUGCAAAACCUACUGCGACUCUUUCAGUGGGCCACGUGUCGCAUGGAGCGGGGCCGCCGCGAGAGACUCCAGUCGUUCUACAAGACGAGCCCCAGCGGGCUCAUCAAGCGGGAGUCGUCCUCCAACCUCGAGGAGGAGGUGAGCCGCUUGCGGGACGACUACGACCACUACGAGGAGCCGGUGUGCCGGGGGGGGGCUCCCGCGGGGGACGAGGAGGGGGGGGGCGCCCCCCACUCCCCCCCGCCGACCAUGAGCGCCCCCGCCACGGCGGCGGGCGAGUUCACGAUGUCCGACGCGAUGUGGUUCGCUCGCCGCGGCCUGGAGGCCAUCGUGGAGGACGACGUGACACAGCGCUUCUCGGCCGAGGAGCUCGAGUCGUGGAACCUGCUGACGCGCACCAACUGCGACUUCUCCCACGUGAGCGCUAAGCUCACGGCCGUGUGGGGGCUCGGCGUGCUGGUGCGCUACUUCAUUCUCCUGCCUGUCAGGGUGAGCCUGGCUUCACUGGGUAUCGGGUGGCUUGUCGUGGGAGCCUCAGCUGUUGGUUUCCUUCCCCAGAGCAGGGUGAAGGAGUGGCUGAGUGACAAAAUCCACCUCACUGCCUACCGGAUCUGCCUGCGUGGCCUGAGCGGUGUGGUGCACUACCACAACACGGAGAAUCGACCCCGGAAAGGGGGCAUCUGCGUGGCGAAUCAUACUUCCCCAAUCGACGUCGUGGUGCUCGCUGCUGACGGGUGCUACGCCAUGGUGGGCCAGGUGCACGGCGGCCUGCUGGGGGUGAUGCAGAGAGCCAUGCAGCGCGCCUGCUUCCACGUCUGGUUCGAGAGGUCCGAGAUGAAGGACCGCCACCUCGUCACGCAGAGGCUCAUGGAACACGUGGCAGCCAAAGUGAAACUUCCAAUUCUCAUCUUCCCUGAGGGAACGUGCAUUAACAACACAUCGGUGAUGAUGUUCAAGAAGGGCAGCUUUGAGAUCGGGGGGAUCAUAUACCCUGUCGCGAUCAAGUAUGACCCUCAGUUUGGGGACGCGUUCUGGAACAGCAGCAAAUACGGGAUGGUGAGCUACCUGCUGCGCAUGAUGACGAGCUGGGCGAUCGUGUGCAACGUGUGGUACCUGCCGCCCAUGACGCGCCAGGAGGGAGAGGAGGCGGUCGUGUUUGCGAAUCGCGUGAAGGCGGAGAUCGCGCGGCAGGGAGGCCUCGUCGACCUCAUCUGGGACGGACAGCUGAAACGAGGACGCGUGAAGGACAGCUACCGGCAGCGGCAGCAGGAGAGAUACAGUCUCCUCAUCACGGGUGGGGGGGCCAACCAGAACAAUCCGAGUCUUCUCACUAACGGCCCCACCCCCUGGGACCCCUCAUCUUUCCCCCUGGCUGACCUCACGGGAAAGUCUACCCCCGAAGACCCCGCCCUCAGCCCCUGACCCUGACCGGCAUCUCGCAGUCUCAGUCAGCCCCCCGGAGGGUCACGAGGUGGAUUUUCGGGGUCAGCGGAUGAGCCCACAGGUUGCGUGGCCCCUCUAUGGGAGGCUGGGUGUGCUCCCAUGAUCCCUCCGUGGGCCCUGUAGGAGCCUAGAGGACCCACGGAGGGUCGAUGGGCCUCUCUGGGGGUUCCGAGAGGGCCCCCAGAGGAGUUUCCAAGUCUUUAGGACCUCGGUAGGCCCAAGGGGCCCCCAGGUGGACAGUGCCUCCAGUUCCCCCUCCCCCCACGCCCCCACCAAGCCUAUAGGGUGACCUUGUUUAGAGCAGGGGCAUACAAAUAUUUGGGGGUCGGGGGGGCAUGACACACUCAUAGUUAAACUUUAAACAAAUGUUAAACGUGGAACGGAACAGGUGACUUCUCAACCUGCUUCUAUCUUUCGCACUUUCGGCUCUGAGAGAUGACUUUCGGAUUUGACGCAUUGCACAAUUUUGAACGACAAUUUCUGAUUUUGUUCGCUUCGUGACGGAGCUCGUCGUGUGAUGCGCGUGCUCGUUGGUGCGACCACCACCGGCGCCGUGGUUUCUAGAUCAGUCUGAUAAAAGGUUCCUUCUUACGCGGCCGUCCGGAAUUUCCCCAAACUCUGCUAGGAUUUUUACCAGAUUCUAUUUUGGCAUUUAGCUUAAAAAUCGUGGACUCAUCCAUAGCCCAUCCCCCGCUUGCGCACAACGAAGGGCUGGCCCACCGCCGAUUAAUUCCACUCACGUCCAGCAUCCCCCUACAGCCCCCCGAUGCUACGCGACUGCUACCCCCCUUUCACGCACCCCCUCCCACCUUCCCCCGUGAAGACCUUGGGUCACCCCAGUAUAAAUAAAUAUUCUGAUUCGGAUUGAAUUAGAAGAUGUGGGACGUUCCAUUCUGAGUAGUCGUGGGGGGGGGGGAUAUUGUUCCGUUUAUCCGAGCACUAAACCCAUGGAUGGGAUGGCGGGGGGGUGGGCUCAGGCCUCGUGAUGACCCCGCGACCUCAUCUUAACCUGGCUGAUGAAUGAAUGAAACGCUCGCCGAGAUUCUGCUCAAUGUGCCAAGAGACGUUACGCCAAUAAAACAAAAGGAACACAACACACAAA